GGCUCUAGGGCGGCGGCGAGCAGCGAGUGGCGGACUGUGAUUCAAGCGGCGCCGGCGGAGGUCGACGAUUCUGGGCGUCGGCAAAGAUAGAUCAGCGUGCUCUGCGCCGGCGCGCAUCUGAUCUGGUCGAGGCGACGAGGCAUCCAUGGCGGCGGCGAUCGGCACACUGGCAGUCGAACGGCGCUUGAGCGCACCUGACCUGCAGGCGGCGGCGAGAGCUGCAGGCGGUGGCGAGUCACGGGGAGCACUAGAGCAACUGCUCGAAGAAAGGGUAUGGCGACACGUCCAACCUGUGCUCUGGCUUGGAGCAACUACUGGUUUGUGCUGGGCAGUGUGGAGGUACCACUGAUACCGCACCUGUCUACGCAGCAACAGCCGGAACAUUACUGAGCCGUCGGCUGACGAAGGUAAUGAUCCAGUGAUUGGGCGCGACAGUGAGAUCGAUCGCAUCAUCUGCAUCCUCUGCCGCCGGACCAAGAACUGUGCCGCGCUCGUCGGUGAGGCAGGGGUUGGCAAGACGGCCAUUGUUGAGGGCCUCACCCAGCGCAUCGCCAGCGGCAAAGUCCCGACCAAGCUCGCUGGAGCUCGCGUUGUGGAGGUUGACCUCGGGGCCAUGGUUGCCGAGACUAACCUCUGCGGCAUGUUUGAGCAGCGCAUCAAGGAUGUGAUAAGGAGCGCCGAGGAUGGGGACGACAAGGUGAUCCUGUUCAUCGAUGAGAUGCACAUGCUUCUUGGUGCUGGUGAUAGUGUAGGGGGCACAGAUGCUGCCAACCUUCUAAAGCCGGCGCUGGCCCGUGGUCGCAUCCGCUGUGUAGGCGCCACGACUCUCAAUGAGUACCACAAGUACAUUCAGGCUGAUGCCGCACUCGAGCGGCGGUUCCAAAAGGUUCAUGUUGAGGAGCCGAGUGUUGAGGUGACCAUCGCUAUUCUGAAGGGGCUUAAACAGAGGUACCAAGACCACCAUGGCUUGGAAAUUCAGGAUGCUGCUCUUGUUGCUGCCGCACAGUUGGCUGGCCGCUAUAUCACUGAUCGCCACUUUCCCGAUAAGGCAAUCGAUCUGAUUGAUGAGGCAUGCGCUGCCACAAGGAUCAUGCUUGACAGUGAAAGAGAAGCAACCGCCGCAAGGACACAGAUUUACGACAAAAAAGAAGUGACUGCGCAAAGUAGAUCUAUGGAUGCGCUGAAGCAAGAAAUUGUUGGUCCAGGUCAUGUCGCACAGGUUGUGAGCCGGUGGACUGGAAUUCCUGUCGCUGCUAUUGAUCAAGACGAGAAGGAGAAAUUGCUCCACCUUGCUGACAAAUUGCAUCAGCGAGUUGUUGGCCAGGAUGAGGCGGUCAAUUUGGUUGCGCAAGCGGUGUUACGUUCCAGGGUCGGCCUUGAUCAGCCUGGCAAACCAAUAGGUUCUUUUCUCUUUUUGGGCUCGACUGGUGUUGGAAAGACAGAGCUUGCAAAAGCUCUUGCUGAGCAGCUAUUCGACAGUGAAAAGACAUUGGUUCGCUUUGACAUGUCCGAAUAUGGUUCGAUUGGAUCUGUGUUGCGCCUCAUUGGAGCACCUCCAGGCUAUCGUGGUUACGAAGACGGUGGACAACUGACUGAGAAAGUCAAGAGGCGCCCAUACAGCAUCAUCCUCUUUGAUGAGGUUGAGAAGGCACAUGCCGGUGUUCAAUGUUUUUCUUCAACUCCUUGAUGAUGGUUUGUUGACUGAUGGCAAAGGCUGCA